UUUAAUUUUGUCACUUUUGUGACAAUCGUACAUUUUUGGAAAAAUAAUGUUACAUUUUUGUUUUGUAUAAUGUAACUAUAUGGAAUUUACGUAAAAAAUAGCUUUAACAAGAGGACAUGAUUAGGCCUUACAUGACAACAAAAUGGUGUAAGAUAUUAAAUAUGAAAUCAAUGAAGCCAAGGACUGAAGAUGCUGUCUGCUUACGCCAGGUUUAUUGUUCGUCAUUCUUACUUAACCCUUUUUAUUAUAAUCGUAAUCUGCACACUCCUCACUGUCGUUCCUUUAGUAUGCCACAAUCUUCCUUCAUUUUCCGAACCAAUAAUUGGAUUCGAAACAAGAGGUACAAAUUUAGCCGAUCGUUUCAUAGCUUGGGAAAAUCUUAUUGAUGAGACAAGACCCUCAAGAAGGCUCGCUGUUAAUCCUAAAGAUAUAGAAGACCAAAUAAGAAUGAAUCAAACUUAUCAUAAUAAAAUAAGGAAAGAUAAGUCUAGGUCCGGUAGAAAACAUCCUAAAAAACAACAUCACAAAAGGAAAAAGAAUAACAAUACAUUUGCGACAACAUUAUAUCGCUCACCAGAAUUGAACACAACCAUAGAUCAUGUUCAUUGGAGUUAUGGAAAGAAUGUUUCUAUUGAAGAUGAGAAUGCAGUUUUCCUUAAAAAUCAUACAAGAAAGCAGUGGAAAUCCCUCAAAAAAAUGCAGCAAAUCCCUGAUUACGUGUUUCAUCCUAAUUAUGCUUCCGGUGUAUGUGGUGCACCAGCUACAGACUAUGCCCAUUUAGUUGUUACUUCCACUGAUAAUAAAUCAAUGCUUUCUUUUGAAAAUGUAGAAAAGGUUUGUCAAUUGCAGUCCUUGCUCAUGGAAUUGGGUGAAGAAGACUAUAAUAGACUGUGUGAACGAUCAUCACACUCUGAGGAAAUGUGCUGCCCAAUAUGGAGCGUGCCAAAUUAUAUAGCUUUAAUAUCUGGUAAGAAUUCAUGUGAAAAUUUAACUAGGGGAGAUGUUACUAAUGUUGUAAAUAUUUUAAAAAAAUGUGCAGGUUAUUUUCACAAUUUUACUCUCAUGGCCUCCUGUGAACUAGACAGAUGCCGAGUGCCAAAAUAUUGUUCACAGUAUGAUGCGGUAUACAACUUGUUGUUCUAUAUUAUUGAUUCAGAUGCCUUCUCACCGCCUACAUUUUCUGAGACAUUUGUUAAAAAUGUGAUGAUCUUUCUGCCUUUACCAACAAGUAGUACUGUAAUGCCCUAUUAUAUGAAAUUGCAAGGUUCAACUUUACACACAUCUUAUGGCACACUUACUAUACCAGCCAUGGAACUAGGAUUAAAGAAUGCAUUAUUUGACUUGUGGAUAAUAGAAGACACUUGGCUGAUAGGGCUUGGAGGCUUUUUUGUAUUUAUAUGUGUCUGGGUGUAUACAAAAUCAAUAUUACUUACAUUGUUGCUGUUUACAGCUAUAGCAUAUUCUCUCGGUAUAGCAUAUUUCUUAUAUGUGUAUGUAUUUAAUUUAGAGUUCUUUCCUUUCAUGAAUCUAUUAGUCAUAGUCGUUGUGAUUGGAAUUGGAGCAGAUGAUGCUUUUCUCUAUGUCAAAGUUUGGAAAAUGGUAAGUAAACAGCUUAUAAGAGACAAUGUUGUAGUUGAUGAAAAUGGUUUGACUGAUAUCAAAAAUGUUUCAAGUGCUGGUGAGACAAUUCUCAUACAAAUAUUAGAAGAAACCUUGAAACAUUCAGUCUUGGCUAUAUUCAUUACUACUUUAACAACUGCAGUUGCGUUUUUUGCAUCAUAUGUCAGUUAUAUUCCAGCCAUCAAUUGCUUCAGUGUUUUUGCGGGUACUGCAGUUUUAGUCAACUUUUUAUUAAUGGUAAGUUGGUUGCCAGUGUCAGUAUUUAUAUUAGAUGUAAAAUUGUGUAUUAAUAGGUGGUUAAUAUUAAGUUCAAUUAGUAAAGCUAUAUAUGAGAUUGGAGGGGAUAUCAAAGUCAUACUUAACCGAUUUAUUAUCACUUGUAUUAUGCGUUUGCAUUUAUUUUUUGUAGUAAUUUUGGGUGCUAUUGGAAUCUGCAGUAUUAUAGUAGUAUUUUAUUAUCCUGGUCUUCAACUGCCAGAUUCAAAACAGUUUCAACUGUUUCAAACAUCACACCCUUUUGAGCAGUAUGAUAUUUAUUUUAGGGAUAAAUUUUUAUUUGAAAGAUUCGGGAGAGAUAUAGGCGUAGGUAGUAGAAUGCCUUUAAGGUGGAUAUGGGGUAUAAAACCCAUUGAUAAUGGGAAUCACAUGGAUCCCUUUUCAAAAGGAAAACUAAUAUUUGAUGAUAAUUUUAGUAUAUCAAAUCCAAAGUCUCAAACAUGGUUAUUAGAUUUUUGUGCUAAAAUAAAGGCUCAGCCUUUUUAUCAAUCAACAUUAGGGCCUCUCUUGCCAAAUUGUUUUAUUGAAACUUUCAAAGUUUACAUGAGCAGAAGAUGUAUUGACAACAUAGACAAGAUAAAUAGAACACCAUGUUGUGAAUCGUCACAAUUUCCCUACACUAAGGAGGUCUUUGAUUUCUGUAUUGUUGAAGCAAUGGAAUCUCUUUAUCAAACUUCUCGCGCACUCUUUAUGCCUGGAGUUGCAGGCCCUAAAUUUAUGAGAAGUUCCUACCCUCCUACAGUAGCAGCUAUUGUUGUGGAAUUUGAGAGUGUGGUACCAUACACGAUGUCUUACACAGCAAUGAAUGAUUUUUUUAUUCAAGUUGAAAACUGGACCAAACAAGAAUUAGAAACCGCACCUCUUGGAAUGAGAUGCGGAUGGUUUUUAUCCGAUCUUCAAUUUUAUGAUCUGCAAAAAACCUUAGCUGGUGGUACUGUCACGGCGUUAUUAUUGUCUGCUGCUCUAGGUUUUAUCGUACUUAUACCAUCAACAUUUAGCAUUAUAAUUAGUGUUUGUGCUCUCUUAGCAAUGAUGUUUUCUUCAACUGUUACAAUAGCUAUACUCGUGCUUAACGGUUGGAAAUUGAAUAUAUUAGAAAGUGUGGCUAUAUCGACAUCAGCAGGGUUAGCAGUAGAUUUUAGUCUACAUUAUGCUCUAAGUUUUACAAAUGCCAGUGGCACAAAAUCUAGUCGAGUUAAGUUUGCACUAUCAACUUCUGCGGGACCGACUGCUGCAGCCGCACUCACUACUGGUUUUGCUGGUAUAUUUCUAUUACGGUCGAAUCUCCUCCCAUAUUCACAAAUAGGUACUUUCUUAGCGUUAAUAAUGUCAGUAAGUUGGACUUAUGCAACUUUUUUUCUUUGUUCGUUACUUAAUAUGUUUGGGAGAAAUUCUCUUAAAGAAGUACCUACCGAAGAACGAAAAACAGUGUCUCGUGUAAGUUCUAUUUGUUCGGCUGUACCCAAUUUGGAAAGCCAUGAAUUAGAACACUUAGCAGAUAGUAAUCGUACAAAUAUUACUCAUUCCCACAGUCCAUCUAGUAUAAGUGCAACCACUGUAGUUUUACAUGACGAUUUUGAAAACUCUUUGAAUAAAAUUGAGAAAAAACCUUCUGUUGACUUAAAUAUUGACUGAAUGUUAGACUUAGUAGAUUGUUAAUAAGAGCAUUGGGCUCUGUUUUGGAGUAUUAUAAGUAAUUUAACAGUAUUAUAUUAUGCAGAUAUUUUUUGUAGUGCUCUAUAUUUUCAAUUUGUGACUUUAUACUUUAUUAUCUCGUUAUAUUUCUCUAUUUUAAGAUAUUCAUUGAAAUCUGUGAAAUAUCAAAACGUAUGAAUGUUUACGGUGACAAUAACUAUCACAUACUAGUUCACACGACAAUAUAAGAUCUAAUCGAGCUUGGACAAUGUUGUAUAAUGUAUUAUUUUGCUUAAUUAUGUUACAAAGUAUUUUUUCAUAAAAAUAAUACGGUCACUAGUAAUUUAAGAAGGUCAUGUCAAUUUGCAAAUGUUCAUAAGAAUUAACUUAUAAAAAGUAGACUCGCAAAUUGUUUACUGUGAAUAAUAACCUACAGAUUAUUCAUUGUUAAAAAAGUUGCAGAAUAUUUUUUAAUAUCAACGAAUUACCUGCACUAAGCAACUUAAUUCAAGAUGGUAUGUUUUAUGGUACGCAUAAAUUCUCACUACACAUUACAAAUGUUAUUUAUAAUUAUUGUUAAAAGUGUAAUUUUAUAAAUAAUUAUAAAAUUAUAAACGGUUAUAAAACCGUAACCUAAAAUUUUAUUUGGAAAACGAUUCUUCGUUCUAGUCUGUUGGCGUAGCGCUUUAUUGAACGAAAUUAACAGUGUGAGUGGUACAGGCUUAAGGGAUGUAUCAUAUUAGUUCAAGUGCUCGAUGGCACAUUGGCAUGACAUUAAAAACAUUAAUGAAAGCUAAAACUACACCGAAAAAAAAGAUAACGCAUUUUCCUAGCUGAAUAUAUACAGACUAUGCUAAAAAAAAAUCAUUUUCUUUCACAUAAACUCUUAUGUACAAUUUUACAUUUUCAUUUCUAUCUGACAUCACUUGUACAUAUUCGUCAUAAAUUCGUUAUAUAUUCCAUGUAUAUUUUUUUACCAAGGAUUACUCCAUGCCGAAGCUGUAUUUAUAUUGUUUUUUUACGUAAGAUGAGAAAAAGUUGUAAGUUGUCUUGUUUAAUCAUUAACAUUCGCAUAAUCGUAUUUGUGGGUGUCUCGUAAUAGGAAACUCAAACAUGAUAAUUUGUUAUUUAUUUUAAGUCGCACUGUUUAAUUAAUUUCCAUUUGGUGCUUCUUAUUUAAGAACAUCUGACGAGUAUUUAUUCGAUGUGUUGGACAAUUUAUUGAAAAUAAUUAUGAAGUAUUGUAAAGAGUCAUAAUUACUGUCAUUCUGGUGUUGAUCAUUAGCCCAGUCAAAAGAAACAAUCUUUCUUCUGAGUAAAAGGUAUAUAUUGUUAGGUUAAUCUUGUCUCAUUUGGUAUGAUGUAAAUUUUAUAGAUGUUUCCAUACCAAAAUAAUAAGUAAUGAUUUUAUUGAAUAAUCUAUGGUACAGCGGUAAAUAAAUAAAGCUGAUUAUUGUGUUUGCAUUUCGAAACUAUAUAUUCUACUGUUUGUUUUACCAUUAAAAUACACUGUUUUGACAUUGUUUCCUAGUUCAAUAUGUACUUAA